AUGAAAAGACCUGCCACGUCACCGGGAUCUGUUCGGUCCGUCGCCAACGGCUGGGAUGAGCUGGAUAAUCUGGAGGACAUGACGGUGAGGCGGAGCGCGCGGAGUAGCGCGGGAAGUAGGGGAAGCGGGGCGCGGAGGACCGGCAGUGUGCGGUUCCGGGUCGCGGAGGAGCUGCGCCGGAAGCACCGGGAGCGGAGCCAGGCGCAAGAAACGCGGAAACAAGGGGAACGGUACGAGGCGCAGCAGGUUCCGCCAUACCGGGAAGGGCAGCCGCAGCAAGCGCAGCAGCAACAGCAGCAGCGGCGAUACUCCGAGACCGCACGUGCAUUUGAGCCGGAGGUGGUACUCGAGGGGCCUAACGAGGGCGGCGAGGAGUGGAAGCGAGCCGCGGGCCGCGUGCGGGAAUGGAUAGCUGUGAAGAGCGGAAGCGGCGCCGGCGGCGGCGGCGUCGGUGCUUGGUCGUUCUUUGAGCCGUUGUCUGGGAAAUAUUCUGCUGGUAACAUUUCGCCCGGUUCCGAAGGAGGUUUCGUGGAUCUCGUGCUGCUCGCGAUCUUUCGCGUCGUGCGCUUUUUCCGCCGAGCGGCAGCGUCGCUCAGCGCCACCAUCGUCGCCGCGCUACCGUCGACUUCCCAAACGACACUGAUUAAGGCCGUAGUGGACGGCGCGCUGCUGUUAUCAGGAGUGUGGCUGCUGCGCGGAGUCUUCGAGUUCACGUGGCGACUGGGCUCCAUCGCGCUCCUCUCUCUCCUCCCCGCACUCGGCGCCAUGACCCUCAUCUCCGCUGCCAACGCUCCGCGCCAGCCGCACUCCGCGCCCUUCCCCCCGCACCCGCGCGCUCCCCCAUUCACCUCCGCCCCUCCUCCCCCUCCCCCUACUCAGCCACCCCAGGGCCGCCGCCAGCCCCCCUUUUCUGACGUUCAACCUGUCGCUGGUAGAGUUGCCGCUGUCGAAGCAUAUUAUAGCGCGUACAGAGAUAACGCAUCGUGGCACGAGGGCAAGCCGUACACGACAGGCGAGGGAGUUGGUAGGCGGAGUGGACGGUUUGAGCGGUGGGAGGAGGUGAGCGACGAAGAGCUGGGAUACGGAUAUGCGUCAGGUGUUAAUGGACUUGGCAGGGGUAGCGCGCGUACUAGUGUACCACGGGUUGAUGGAGCUGGAAUGCUGGAGGAGGAGGAAAGUUUAGCGGCGACUCUUGGUGCAGCCGCAGGUGCAAGCUCAGAUAUGAAAGCUUGGAACGAGGCCUUUGUCGCUAGUGCUUCGCCCCUAGGCUCUACUUAUGGGGAUGGUGCUCCUGCUGCUUCCGCUGCUCGCAGCGUGGGCGGGUUUCACGACGUAGCUUCUGCUUCCCCCGUGCCAGACGAAUAUUUCCCAUCUGUGCUGCCCGAUUCUGCUGCUCAUGCUGAUGCGGCAAGGAGGCUAAAAGCCGUCCGAUUAGAUCUCAAACGCCAUGUGGCUGCGGCAUCUGCUCGUUCUACUGUUGCUGCUGCAGUGCCGCCUGCUGUUAUUCCCCCAGCUGCCGCUGGCAGUACCGCCGGAGAAGGUAAGUUCUUCGACCCACUUGCAACAGCAACACCAACAGCACCAGCAGUAGCAGCUGCAGCAGCAGCAGCAGCAGCAGCAGCACCAGCCGGCGUCGCAGAUAUCAGUGCAAAUGCGUCAAGAUGGGAGGAGGGCGUGAGCGGAGACGACGAUCUGAACCUCAACGCGGUCUUCCUUGAGAAUUUCUGCGAGUGGCCGCGCAAACGCGUUGCUGUGGCCGCUGCUGCUGCUACCAGGGCGGACCCCCCUUACCGGGCGGAUAGGGUGGGGCGGCCGGACAGGGCAGACCGUGUGGUGCCUGUCGUGGGGAGAGCAGGAGCAGGAGGGGAGAGCAGGGCGGCGCCUAGCAGGGCGGCGCCUGUGAGUGCGAGUGGUGGUAUGAAGCCAGGGCAGUGGGAUGCGCACAACAGUGUGGUGGGAGGAGAGAGAGAAGGCAUGACUCAGGAGAGCAAGAAGGGUGUUCCUGGGGGAACUGGCUUGGGCCUGAGCCUGGACUCGUUGGGGUUGGAUGCGUUGGGGUUUGAUGCGUGGCAGGCGUUCAUGUGGGCGUCAGACAGGAUCUAUGGCAGCAGCUAUGGGGACUAUAGCUUCCACCGCAGGCAGGGGGGGAGUGGGGGAACAGGGGGAGCAGGGGGAGCAGGGGGGGCUGGGGGGGCUGGGGGGGCAAGGGGACAAGGGUUGCUGGGAGAGAAAGGAGGGCAGCAGCAGGCAGGGCAGGGGGCGUUGUCGGGUAACGGGAGGGGCAUGGCAAGCUGGGGUAUGGGAGGUGUGGGUGGGAUGGGGGGAAUGGGAGGAAAAGGAGGUAUGCCUUUGACGGUUUCCCAAGGGGAGAGGCAGCAGAGCAGUGUUUGGUCAGGAAUGAGGUCCAGCAGAAGGCAAGAGAAGCGCUCUGAAUGGGACUUUGACCUGAAUAGCAUGCCGUGA